CACGACGCGUUCCUACAACCAGUCGUCUCCCGUCUCCAGGAUAUCUCCGUGUAAAUCCACAGCAUUGUGAUAUCCGAAAAUGACGCAAGAAGCUGAACCCGAACGUCGCGACUUCCAUCAUCCAUACACCCCCUAUGAUAUCCAGGAGACUUUCAUGAGUACCGUCUACCAGGUGCUUGAGGAGGGCAAGGUGGGCAUUUUGGAGAGUCCUACUGGUACUGUAUGUGAUGUCUCCAUUUUUAAAUUUUUUUCUUUUGUGUGGAUUCUGAGUUUUGAGUUUUGUGGUGGUGAUGGUCUUCAUUAUGUGUAUUUUUGAUUUGAGGGGGGAGGUUGUUGGUGAGAUGUAGGGAAAUGAUGGGGUUUUUGAGUAUAAGGGUGUUAAUGAAGCUGUAGGGAAAAUCAUUGAGUCUGAUUUGUGGAUCUUUAACCUGGUUACGCGACCAAAAAAGGAGGACUUUUGAGGGGGGUCUGGAUUGGGGUCCGAAUGGUAAAUCUCACAUCCAUCACACAUUUCAUCCCCCAUGCACAUGACAAGAAAGUCCUAAAACUCAAUGCUUCUAGUCUCCGACGAACCAGAAUGGAUCAUCACUCAAGCCAAAGCGCGAAAACGUCGUGAGAUGCUCCGUCACCGCGAAGAAAUGGAAGAACGACUCUCCAAAAUCCGCGCCCAGGAGAAAGCGCUGAAGGUUAAGUAUAUUGAAGGAGAUCAGUCUUUUAAAAAGAGGAAAACUGGGGUUGAUGACGCUAAGGAGGGAGAAGAUGAGGAGCAGUUUGUGUUGGAGGAUUAUGAUAGUGGUGAUGAAUAUGGUGGGGGGAAGAAGGGGGAUGGGAUGUAUUCUGCGGCUACGUUGGAGCUGAUGGAGAAACUUGGUAUGGGACCCAAUAUGCUGAAACAGGAGGAUGAAGAGGUGGAGGAUGAGGUUAAGGUAUGUUUUUCUAUGGUUUAAGGGGGCCGUGCUGAUUUUGAAGAUUUUCUAUUGCUCGAGGACGCAUUCUCAGUUGACGCAGUUCAUCAAUGAGUUACGACGUAUCAAAUUACCUGCUGCGAUUGCAAGUAAUGAAGCAGACCAAGGUGUUCAGAUUGAAGAUUUGAAGCAUUUGACCCUUGGAUCACGGAAGAAUCUUUGUAUAAAUCCAAAAGUCAACAAGCUUAAUUCAGUAACCGCUAUCAAUGAUCGAUGCGCAGAAUUACAAAAGUCUGGAACUUCUCAGGAACAAAAAUGCCAGUUUCUCCCGAAUAAAGAGAAUAGACCUCUCGUCAAUGACUUCCGCGAUCACGCUCUUGCCAGUCUUCGAGAUAUUGAAGAUAUGGCUUCUCUCGGUAAAACAAUUAAUAUUUGUCCUUACUACGCAUCAAGAGCAGCCAUUCGACCAGCGGAGAUUUUGACAUUACCUUAUCCACUUUUACUUCAAAAAAGUGCUAGAGAAGCUUUGGGAAUCAGUCUGAAAGGUCACGUUAUCAUUAUUGAUGAGGCUCACAAUUUGAUGGAUGCUAUUGCUAGUAUUCAUGGCAUCGAAGUCAGUCUGAGACAAUUGAAGACUGCGAGAGCACAGCUGGGGAUUUACUUGCAGAAGUUUCGAAAUCGGUUGAAAGGGAAGAAUCGGAUUUAUGUUACGCAGGUUGUGAGGGUUAUUGGUUCUUUGGUGGGGUAUUUGGAGAGCAGGAUUCCACUUCAGGUAAUAAUUAUCUUUCUUUAUAACGCAAUUGAAACAGGCUGAUAUUGUGUCUAGCAAGCAGAUGGUGUCGUCUCAGAUAAAGAGUUACUAGCAGGCAAAAAUGUUGACCAAAUCAACUUAUUCAAACUACUCCGAUACCUCCAAGAAAGCAAAAUAGCCCGCAAAGUCGAAGGCUAUCUCAUCCACAAAGAGACCUCCGAAUUCCUCGCCCUCGCUUCCAAAUCUAAAAACCAAAAACCCUCACAACCAAAACCCGCAUCGUCAACACCCGUCCUCCACCACAUCGCAUCCCUCCUCUCAGCCCUCACCAACCCCUCGGCAGAAGGUCGUCUCUUCUUCGCCAAACCCCAACCCCCCUCAGAACCUGACCUCAUCACCCUAAAAUACAUGCUCCUCGACCCCUCUGCUCACUUUCAAGAAAUCGUCUCCCAAGCAAAAGCCGUGGUCUUAGCGGGUGGAACGAUGUCUCCUUUCUCGGACUACACAUCCCAUCUCUUUCCCUACCUACCUUCCCCAUCUAUCACCACGUUGUCUUGUGGCCAUGUGAUCCCACCUUCCAACUUGAUCGCGUGGAACUUAUCGCGUGGACCGACGGGGAAGGAAUUCGAGUUUACGUUCCGACACCGAGGGAAUACGGGGAUGGUCGAUGAAUUAGGUCUUGCGUUGUUAAACAUAUGUUCCAUCGUGGCCGACGGGGUAGUGGUUUUCUUCCCUAGCUACAACCACAUCUCCUCCAUCGUCGCACAAUGGUCUUCCCCUCCUGUUUCCAACAAUUCAAAUCCAAAUCCAAAUGCAGCUACAGCUACAAACACGAUCUACCACCGCCUCGCAGCCAAAAAACCCAUCUUCACCGAGAAAAAAGACCUCUCCUCCGACGCCGUCCUAGCCGAAUACGCCCAUGCAAUCGACACCCACAAAGGCGGUCUCCUCCUCUCCGUCGUAGGCGGGAAAAUGAGUGAAGGAAUCAACUUCUCAGAUGCCCUCGGUCGGUGCGUAUUAAUCGUCGGGUUGCCAUUCCCCAACAUCAACACGGCAGAAUGGAAAGCGAAACUCGAAUACAUUGAGAAUUCUACUAUUACUCGUCUCUCCGCCUCAUCCCAAUGCCAAUCCUCACCACCAUCCCCAUCCUCAUCACUCCCCAAGCAACCCAUGACCCCAGAAGAAAUCAAACACAAAGCCAAGGCAGAAGCUAGAGCCUACUACGAGAACGCCUGUAUGCGUGCUGUGAACCAGAGUAUCGGGCGUGCGAUCCGGCAUAAAGGGGAUUAUGCGGCGAUUGUCAUGGUGGAUCUCAGGUACCAGAAGGAGAAUAUUAGGAAUAAGUUGCCCGGGUGGAUUCAGGGAGGUUUGGUGGAGGGGAGUGGGGAGAGGAAGUUUGGGGCGCUUAUGGGGGGGUUGGGGGCGUUUUUUAGGGGGAGGGUCUGA